GCUGGUCUGAAGUGUCGCUGGAUAAGUGUCGUGUAAGUUAGAUAACAUUGAAAUUGAAAGGAAAUAUCGGCAUUGUUUUAUUUUUUUAUUGAUUCAAAUACUUUUUAAAAACAAGUCACUCUUAGUUGACUUUAGUAUUUGGGAUAUUUGGGAAAGAGUUUUAGAGGCUGUUGAAGCGGUGACUGAACUGAUGCAACAUGGCAGCAGCUGCUGUCAAUAGGUGUUUUCUGUCAGCUAUAAGGAGACACACUGCCUGUCACAACCGUGGACUGAGCUCUGUCCUCCGGGUGUCCUCUGCCGGGACAGUAGAGGGACACAGCAGCCUGGACAGGAGAGCUGUAGCCGGGGACGGGAGAGGAGAUGGUCGGGACAGCAGCAGCUAUCCUCUGCUGUCGGUGUCGGUAGGUUUGGGACUGUGUGGUGCGGUACUUCUGGACAGAAAAGAAGAAGAAGAAGAAGAAAAAGUGACCGAUAGAAGAGCCUCAGUGUCCCAGAGGUUUCUUGAACUCAUCCUGCCAUCGGCUCACUGUGCCUCUCCCUUUAAACCUGACAGCCCCCGGUAUAAAUACAACUUCAUUGCAGAUGUGGUCGAAAAGUCCACUCCAGCUGUUGUGUACAUUGAGAUAGUCGGCAGGCACCCAUUUUCAGGACGGGAAGUCGCAGUGUCCAAUGGCUCUGGUUUCAUUAUCAGCAGUGAUGGUCUCAUUGUCACCAAUGCCCAUGUUGUGGCCAACAAGAAGGGCGUCCGUGUGAAACUCACCAAUGGAGCAACCUACCAUGCCACUGUGCAAGAUGUUGACCCAGUGGCAGACAUCGCCACCAUCAAAAUCACUGCCCAGAAUCCUUUGCCCACGCUCACACUUGGUCAGUCAUCUGGUGUUCGACAAGGAGAGUUUGUGGUCGCCAUGGGAAGUCCUUUCGCUUUACGGAACACAAUCACGUCAGGAAUCAUCAGCUCAGUACAGAGAGGCAGUAAGGAGCUGGGCCUGAACAACUCCAACAUGGAGUACAUCCAAACUGAUGCAGCAAUCGAUUUUGGAAACUCUGGAGGUCCCCUCAUUAACUUGGACGGUGAAGUCAUCGGUAUAAACACCAUGAAGGUCACUGCAGGGAUCUCCUUCGCUAUUCCAUCUGAUCGCGUGAGACUGUUCCUCGAUCAAGCAGCAAAAAAGAGUUCCUGGUUUGGGGAGUCAGAUACUAAGCGGAGAUACAUUGGUGUCAUGAUGCUGACACUGACGCCAAGCAUCAUCGCUGACCUGCAGUUGAGAGACCCAAACUUUCCUGAUGUGACACACGGCAUCCUGAUUCACAGAGUCAUCAGGGGCUCCCCCGCUAACAGAGCUGGCAUGUUACCAGGAGACAUUGUGUUGGAGAUCAACGGGGUGGAAGUGCACACCUCAGAGGAGAUCUACCAGGCUGUGCGCAGCAGUGACAAAAUCACUAUGGUGGUACGAAGAGGACAAGAGCUGCUUAAAUUGCAAAUGACUCCUGAAUACACAGAGUGACACUAACCACACAAGACGCUGUCCUGAUGGACAGACAGCGACAUGACUUAAUUUAUGUCUACAGGAAGACACUGUGAAAGAUUUUCUUUUAAUUAUUUUUUGGGCAUUUUUGCCUUUUGUUAGACAGUAAGGGGCAGAGCGGUUGAAAGGAAACGAGGGGAGCAGAAGAGAGAAAUGGGUAUGCAACAACAAAGGUCCCUUGCUGGACUCAAACCAGGGACGUUGCAGGUAUAUGCCAUGUGCUGUAACCUCUCGGCUACAAGGGCACUCCAGUGACAUUUUUUUAAACUCAUGAUUUUGUUGUUGAGUUCUAGUAUUGGUGCUGUAAUAUGGUACUGUACGUUAAAUGACAACUGUUAGACUGCUCAACCUCCUCUGAAGUUGUCUGUUCUAUGUGGCUGAUAACUACACCAGGAUUUUCUUACUGUGUGAAUCGUGAUGAAGCUGUCAGCACCUGAGGACUCAGAUGGAUUGUUCAACAUCCAAUUUUUUGUUCCUGGGUUUAUGAAAGUGCAUUAAAACAAUAUUGUCUUACUUAAUCAUUAACUCCUACCUGGUGGAACAGCAAAACUGUUUCUUGUGAUGAUUUGUGUUUCUGCCACCCAACAAUGCAGUGUUUGUAAAUUGAAAGUUAAUGAAACUUGAAACAAUAUACUUUAAUAAAGCCAUUUAAUGUUAGACAGCAAUAAGAAGCAUGAGAGACCCACAAAUAUGGCAUGGAUCAAUAGUAUUAAACUGACUACUAUUAACACAGCAAACAAGUUUGACAACUCACAGAUGCUGCUAUGAUGACAAUGAUCACACAGAUAAAAUAUGACUUUUUGAGAUCCCACUUAGGCAAACUGGACUGUUUUGAUUAAGUCACACAAUAAAAACCAAAGAACAUGAAUUCACUUUCAUGUUAGAGGAAAAAUCUUUCAUGAUAAGAAACAAAUAAAGUGAACAGAUUACUCAUUUCAUUUAGACAGUAAGAGGUCGACGCCAUGAAGCCGUACGGAGUAAAUUAAAAUUUCCCUGGUAUAUGUACAGUAACACACACUUACAGUAAAAUAAAGUGAAAUGUACUGGACUGCUACACAAUUAAAUGCAUUUAC